AUGGAGAACGUUGAGUGGCAUGGUCUUGCAGCAGCUGAGGUGCAGUGGCCGAUACCAAGUUGUGUUGCGAAGUCCGACAAGGCCAACCGUGCAGACCAAGGCAACUCCACACCAGCGAACGAAUACAUGGACAAUCCGGCAGUUCUUGAUGAAAAGGUCAGCAUGCUAGCUGAGAUGUUGCUGAAGAGUCGAUCAACCUGCGCUUACACAGGAGCUGGAUUGUCGAAAGCUUCAGGCAUUCCCGAUUAUGCGACAAAAGCUGCCAAGUCCGUGGUUGCUGGACCCAAGAUUAGAAGCGGCUUGGAUGCCCUACCAACUUAUGCUCAUCAAUGCCUUGUUCUCUUGCAUCAGCACGGGAUGCUUCACAACUGGGUGCAGCAAAAUCAUGACGGACUCCCACAAAAGGCCGGCUUCCCACAGGAGCACGUCAACGAAAUUCAUGGUGCUUGGUUUGAUCCAAGCAAUCCUGUGGUGCAAUUUGAUGGCAGCUUGCGUCAUGACCUCUUUGAAUGGAUGCUUGAGCAAGAAAAGCAAACUGACCUGUGCCUUUGCUUGGGCACUUCCUUGAGUGGCAUGAAUGCAGAUCGUAUCGUGGCAACGCCUGCCAAGAAGGCAAAACAUGGCCGUGCUUUGGGUUCCGUGAUUAUCAACCUUCAGAAGACACCACUUGAUGCAAGAUCAUCGCUGAGAAUUUGGGGAAAACUGGAUGAUGUGUUCAAGCUCUUGCUGGAGAAGCUUGCCGUGACUAUGCCACCAGGAGGCUUGGAAGCGAAGCCAUUGCCUCCAAGUGAUAUUUUCGUUGUGCCAUACAACCGAAGUGGGGAGCAAGACUCUAGCGCCGCGAUGACUCUUAACCUUUCCCUAGGGGCAGACAUUACAGUUCCAAUCAAGCAUGCUGUAAAUUAUCAGAAGAAAGGUAAGGUGGUGGGCAAAGGUCGGGAUGGGAACUACCUGGUCGAUAUUGACGGACUUCGCUAUGCCCUCGGCACGUGGAUGAUUGAUGCAGCCUUGCGUGGGGCCUUGCCAUUGCUUCCAGUGAUGAAUGCUGAGCCGGUGGUCAAAACGGGGCCCAAAGCGCCGCCUCCAGCUCCUGUGGAACUGGUGGAAGCACCAAGACCACCCCCAGCGCCGAAGCCAGAGACCGAAUUCCCAAAUUUCAUUGAAGUGAUCCAGAGCCACAAGGUGGUGAACGAUCCCUCUGGCAACCAGCAUGCAUGGAGUUUGAGGUUGAUGGAUGGUGCAGAACAAUUUGUCCAAGAAGUCUUAUGGAAGCUUCAUCCGACCUUUCAAGAUCCGAAUGUGAAGGUGCAAGAACCUCCCUUUAAGAUAGACCGCAUCGGCUGGGGCACUUUUCAAGUCGGUGUCCAGAUCAAGUUAAAACCGCGUGUGCUUGAUGGAAAGACACUCACUUCCUCCCACCACUUGAACUUUGAAUGUGAUGGAAAUCGGGCAGCUGUAACUAAGAUCAGCGUAUGA